UUAUAAUUGUAUAUAUUUUAUUAUUUAUUUAUUUCAACAGAAAAAGGUUUCUGAGAGUGCAAGUGACAGUUUUGAAUCAACAGAAGGUCCUCCGAGUAGUCUGCAAAAUAAAGGAGCAAGUUCAAAAGAACUAUCUGACAAUUUAAAAUCAGAUUUGAAUUCUCAGAAUGAAACAUCAGCAAAUUUAUCAUCUUCUGUGGUAAAAGACAUAGCAGAAGCUACAAAAGGAGAUGAACAUACAUCAAAUGAAUCUUCAGAAAUCCAAGAAGUAUCUGAAAUAUUACAAAACAUCACUCAUUCUUCAAAUGAAGAAUCCUUUAGUGUAAAAGAAAUUGUACAUAGUUCAUCAGAUAAAUUGCUUGUGGAAGCAAAAGAAGUAACUGAAUUGCUAGACGCUGCUCACGAUCUGUCUGGUGUUUCUUUGGAGAGUGUUGAAUCUUCUGAAUCUGCUCAAGGGAAAGUCAAUAGUCAGAGUGAUGUUGAAUCAAAAAGUACUCUGCAUUCAGACACUUUUGUGUCUGAAUCAUCAUCAAAAACACUGGAACUUUCAAGUAAUGAACAACUGCCAAGUAGUAAUGUUAUUUUGAGAAAAUCCAUCUCAGAGGCAGGGCAUAAUUCUGAGCAAAGCCUUAAUAGUGGUAAGAAGGCAACAGAUGAUACUACUCAUACUACAGAUGGAGAUUUAUCUUCAACUUCUCAAUCAAUGUCAAACUCUGCAUCUGUUGAAGAAGAAUUGGAAAGUGGAGACUUGACUGAAAGUUUCAAGUGCGAUAACUCAGAAGGAUGCCCAUCUCCAAGUAAAUUGGCCAGUGUCACUUAUGUAGCUGAUACUCUAAAUGUAUCUGUUCCUCUGGGUAUAAAUGAAAUAUCAAUUACUAAUAAUAGUAAUUCUCAUUCAUCAGACUUAGAAAUCUUAACCAGUGGUAGUAGCCAGAAUGAUGAAAACACACCUUUGGUUACCAAAAAGAGUCCUAAAACUGAAACAUUUAUUGUAAAUGUUGUUAAUUAUGUUUUUUCUUCCCUGCUUGAUGAUGCAUUUAGAUGUAUGCAACACAUAUUCAGUGAAAAUUUCAUCAAAAAGUCAAAAACAGUGAACUCAGAAUCAAAGGUAGGAUGUAAUUUUUCCAGUUUAUCUAAAAAUUAUCACAAUAUUUCAAAAUGUACCACUGCAGCUAGCUUAGAAUUGACAAAAAAAUAUAUUUUAGAACCAUCUACUGAUUUUGUCAUAAAAAGGACUGAUGAAAAAUGUGCUGAAACAAUUUCCAAAUCUGUCUUAGAUGAAUAUCUGAAAGAUGCAAUUCAUUCGGUCAUGGAACUUUAUAAAAAUCUUCAUGUUAGUACAAAAGGCUGUAAUGCUGUACAUCAUGAAAAAUUAAGUGAAUCAGAAUCAAAGAACAGCAAGAGUAAAACUGUCCAUCAUGAGCUUGUUGAAUGCUCAAAGAAUCCAAUCUCUAACAUAUUUUCAUCAAAUGCAGAGAAUUCCAUAGAUUUAUUAAAGAAUAAUGUCAUUCCGCAUGUGCAAGAUUUUAAUGAUAAUAGCAUUUUCAACAAGCAUCCAAACUGGCUUGAAGAUAGUUUUAUAGCAUCACAAAGUGAAGCUCAGCUUCAGCAACAACUGUUACUUCAGUACCCAUAUUAUUAUCGUAAAAUCCCUAAUAAACCUCCACCUCCAUAUACACCACCUGUAACUGUUGAACAGACUUCUCCAAAUAUUUACCAACUUACUGUAGUUAAAGAAAAAGUUGUUGAAAAGGUUGAUACUGUUAAAUAUGUCACAAAAAACAUUGAAAGUGUUGUUGAUUCAAUAGUUGAUGUUUUACUCAGUGGUAAAAGAAAAGGACUGAUGAUAAAUGAAAUACCUUCGCCAGAUUUUAGCUCACUUUUUCAGAAGUUAGGCCUGACAAUGCCCUCUCAACUAAGUUUUCUUGAUCUGAUAUUUGAUUUAUGUAAAGAAAUAUCUUUGAAUUUAUACAGUGAAACAAUUGAAAAACCUGAACCUUGGCUUAGACCUCGAAGGUUGACACCUAAGCCUUUGUUUCCUGAAGACAGAAACAAACUAUACAGUAUACUUCUACAAGAAGUUCAAUAUGAAUUAAAACUUUUAUCUAAAAAUUCAACAGAAUCUCAGAAAAAGCGAUCCCUCUGGUCUGUAAUGAAAUUAGGACGAAAGAAAAGAGAUUUUGUUGAUACAAUUUUAAUUAGUGAAUUAAAAGAAGAAGAACCAGAUUGGAUCAGUUAUGACCAGGAUGAAGUCACUGUCAAAUUUCAAAUUGCUGAUUCAAUUUUAAAUGUUUUGCUUGAUGACACUGUUCAUGUUAUUCAAGACCUUGACAAAAGAAUUAGAAAAUUAUCUUGAUUAAGAAAUUUGUAGCUGUAUACGAAGUGUAAUAAAUCUUUGUGAUAUUCUCAAGACUGUCUAUUUCAUUGUCAUCAAGAGCAUUUGUCAAAGCUGAUGUCUUUGUAUUUAUAGUGGCCUUAAUGCAAACAUGUGUCUAAUAAUAAGUUUCAAAAGCCCGAGAUAUAUUUUAAGUGCCACUCAAUUUCAUUAUGAGAUAUAGCUAUUUAUUUGAAAAAUAUAUUUUGCGAUGACAUAAAAAGUUAUUAUAUAGCAUAUUAAAUUACAUAUAUAGUUAUAUUCCAUGUUAUAAUUAUAAAGUUUACAUUUAAAAGUAAUUUAAAAUCUAUGCAGUUGAUUAUAAAGCAUUUUAAUGCAUUUCCUGUAUACCUUUUGCUCAUAUUAAUUUGAUAAUCAAGUAUUGUUGCAUGUUUUAAGAUGUAUAACACAAUAACAUGGUCUGCGAAUUGUAUAAAGGGAAUUUUCUUCCCUUUUGUUUGAAGUACAGAAUCUUUUAUGAACAUUUAAUUAGCCUAAUAGAAAUAAGUAUAAAAUGGUAAAUUUCUGAAGCAAUAAUGAGCUUGAACUUAAGUGUACAGGUGUUAAUUGCAUAUAUUUUAUUAACUUCUGGAUUUAAUAUUGUUAAAAAAACUCAGCAAGAGUUACAUUUUAAGUAUAAUGAAAUUCUUGUUGAUACAAAGCAAUUUAUGAAAUUAUUUUAAAACUAAUAUGUGAGGCUUAUAUUAUAUAACAUAAGCAUAGUAUAAUAUUUCCUAACAGUAUUUACUUCCUUUGUAAUAUUGUGUUAAAGGAAAAAAUGUAUUUUGAAAAUAUGCAAUUACUGGAGAAUAUUUUUAUGUAGCAACAGGAAACAUUGUUUAUAUAUAUAAAAUAUUCUUACUUGAUAAUUAUUCGUAUUCCCAAAUUUUUUAUAUAUCUAAAAAUUGGUAAUUUUACCUAAUGUGUGGUUCUCUAAUAAAAAAAUCAUUUACUGCCCUGCAUGAUCAAAAUCAACAAUUUCUGAAAAUCUGUAUGCUCAGUUUUGAUGUUUGCUUAAGUGACAGGUAUCUGGCAAUUAAUUUAUGUAGAAUAUUUUAAUGCCUUAUAGUUUAUUUUACCUACAGCAUAAAUUUAAGCUUUGUCCAAUUAAUUUGAUAUAAAAAUUAAGAAAGAAUUAGAAUAAAUAAAUCCUUACAAUAUUCAUAAUUUUUGUAUGAUAUUGAAAUACAAAUAUUAAUCUAAAAUUAAGCAAAAUACAAUUUCAGAUUGUCUGAAAAUUUAUAGUUUUUUUUACAGACUAAUGAUAAUUUCUCUUCUCGAAGAGCAAAAUGUAUUAUUCCAUUUGGCAUGCCUCUCUGCCAUGUAUAAGUAAUAAAUAAACACCCUUGAAUGCAUUAUACUUGUAAGUUAAUUAACAAUGUAAAAGAACUUGAAUUAAAAAAGAACUGAAAGAUCAUAAUGCCUUCCAUAUAGUUUCCAACUUAAAACCUUUUUCAAUAAAUAAAAAUCUAUGCAAAAUUUUUGAACAAAGCUUAUAAAUUAGAAUAACAGUUUUUUUUUUUUUUUUUUUUCCCUUCUAUAUCACUAAACUACAAAUUAUUCUAAAACUACAAAUUAUACAAAUUAUUCUAAAACUGAUGUGUUUAAAAACUGCUUGUAUACUUCUAUAUUUUAAUAGAAACAUGAAAUAUUUUUCCUUUCUAAAUAUCAAUAAGCCUUUAUUUAGCUUAUAUGAUUUUCAUUCAAUACUAUUAUUACUAUAUAUUAUAUAUGAUAUAAAUAACCUUCUAAUAUCUAGCUUAAUAUAAAAUGUGAAAGAUGAGAUUGAAAUACAUUAGUUACAAAAGUACUUUCUGAAAAUUCUAUGUUUUAAAAUUAUUUUAAUUACUAAACAUUUCUAUUAUUUAAGCAUAAGACACUCAGACUGAUGAAAUAUUCCUUGAUUUAUUUUUCUCAAUUUUUUUAUAUUUUAAGUGUAAUUAAAAAGGAAUAAGAAUGUUCAUGUACAGAAAUGUAUACUUCAUGGAAACUAAUAAAUGCACUUUUUUAACUUGUCA